AUGCCACCGGCAACCACCGUCCAACAAUGCGGGCAUCGUCCUCUCGCGCCGCAGCCACCUCCACACACUGCUGCCAUCACGGCUUCUUCCACCGCCGCAGCAACCUCCGCCUUGACGUGCAAGCCUAUUGGACUCUCCUACCGCACUGGUUUGUUAGGCGGUGGACAAGAAACAACACCCCUUACUGCUAUAACAAUGCUGGCACAUCAUGAAAUGAUAUAUGUUCCCAUCAGAUACACGUUUCACCAUUGCAUGUUCGAGAUGGAAGAAGUGAAAGGUGGAAGCCCUUAUGGAGCAGGGACUUAUGCUGGUGAUGUAACAAGACAGGUUUCUAAGAUUGAAUUGCUGCAAGCAUUCCACCAGAAAAAUAUUUUUGCCACCAUUACCAAGAAGCUCAAGGAUGCUGCAUAA